GGGAAUCCCUUGGUGACCGCCAGGGGCUCCGCGGUCCCUGCACUUUUCCCGGGUACUACGUCACUAGCGUCUUUCGCCUUCUUCCUCAUUCUACUACGUUUCGUCGACCGCGAUCGACCGGUUCUCGAAGUUUAAUAUACCAGCUUUAUCUGAGGAAAUAAUUGUAUCCAACGUGUUCGAAAAUUGUCACUGCUAUUCCUGGGUUAAAGCAUGGAUCUCUCAGAAUCAACGGGUCCAGCAACAAAAACUGCUCGACUUGGUGAUAAAUCAGACUCUCGAUCAUCUAGAAUGCUGAUGAAUUUUGUGGAGGAGGUGAAGCGAAAAAAACCCAAACCAAAGAAUUACCGCUUCCAUUAUGAGUGGGAAAGUGAAUUCCUCUUCACGAUGUCCAACGGCAAAUGCACUUGCCUCAUCUGCCAUGCGACGGUGGCCAUCAGCAAGAAGAGCAACCUGCGACGACAUUUCACCACCAUGCACAAACAAUUCAUCGCUGAUUAUCCCGAGAAUUCAUCUGCAAGGGCCAUGAAGGUGGUCGAACUGAAAUCAAUCUUUCCAUCAUCCACGCUGAUGGAUGAUUGUGCAAACAUGAGGAUGUCGCCAACAAAGUCACCGACGCCAACCAGUACAGCUGAUUACUUUAAUUUCUAUCCUCAGGUAACAUUGAGAGAAAUGUCUGGGUCAACGUGUAUGUCCACCAGCUGUCAGUUGAACAAGCAGACCACUCUGAAGUACCUGAACUUGCCCCAGCCCGAAGACAAGGUGCAAUGUAUGUAUGUAUGGAUUGAUGGAACAGGGGAGCAAUUGAGAGCAAAAACGAAGACCUUGGAUUUUGUUCCUAAACAUCCUAGCGGUAAGUUUUCUUUAUUUGAAAUUCAAGGUCGUCGGGAAGUUAGCCAAAUUUUCAAAUCGUUCAAGAAAGACUUGUUGAAUACUAUUUCCAUGAAGGCAAAAGGUGUUUUUUUUGUUGCUUAGUAUGCUGUUAGCUUG